UUCUAAUAAACUCGGUUAUAAGUUCAUGUAACGAUCAAAUAUCCAAAUUAAAAUAUAUCAAGUAGUUUAUAUAUAUUUCUCUAGAAUUCUGCUGUUUAUUACCGCUGGGGGUGUGAUUUGGCACUGCGUAACGACAGCAGCUGGGUAUUUGGUGCGUUGAUCAACAAAAUGGGGGAGCCAUCACUUUUUGAUAAAAUGAUCAACCAUCUCCGUGCAACUUCCAAGUAUUAUACUGGUUAUCCAAAGGAUCUUGGGCCAUCAAGGAUCAUCCAUUUUACAUCAGAACGUGAGUUUGUGCAGCUCCUUCACGAAGGCUAUCCCGUGGUUGUUGCAUUCACCCUCAGGUGUAAUCUCACAAGGCAUCUUGAUAGCGUAUUGGAGGAAGCUGCAGCCGAGUUUCAUCCGCAUGUAAAAUUUAUGCGUGUUGAAUGCCCAAAAUAUCCUGGAUUCUGUAUUACGCGGCAGAGGAAGGAAUAUCCAUUUAUAGAAAUAUUUCAUAGUCCCCAACAAACACUUAACCAGGGAAGGGUUGCUGAUCCAAAUAUUACAAAGUAUGCUGUGAAAGUUCUACCUUUCAAUUACGACACUAGUGCCUAUGGAUUUAGAGAAUUUUUCAAGCGCCAUGGAAUACAGGUUUCAAAUCCACAGUGAAAUCUUGUGAGGAAUUUGUUCCAGUUUGCGAUUGAAUUAAAUUUGGUUUGUUGGAAGGUCAGAUUAUAAUUCUAUAUAAUGUAAGAGACCUGGGCCUAUUUGUAAUGGUUUGACAUCUUUGAACAAAGGCUAGUUUGUUCUAUUAUUCAACAAAUAUGUAAUGUCUGUUAGAUCUUCUCGUACCACAUGUAUUUGUCUCUUUGGGUUUGUUGCACAUUUUUUUUCUUUAUAAUUCCAUUCCGUUAGGUAGUUA